CUGCAACCUCCCAAACCCCAAAUAUUUAUAUUCAUGCUUUCCUUCCCUCAUGUUAUACCUUCUCCCUUCCCAUCAUCCACCCCCACAUUUAUUUUAUGUACUCUUUCCUAACCCAAACAUGUACAUAUAAAAUCUUGCAUACUCUUUAUGAUAUCUAAGAAAGGAAACUUUUUUUGAGGUUACAACUUUGUAAACUAUUAUUAUUACGUGCUUACGUGACUGGUUAUUCAAAAGAUCCCUUUUUUUGUGCGCUAGCUAUUGAAAUAUAUAGAGCGAGUGAUAGAGAUUAGAGAUAUAUACCUACAAUAUGGUUGGUAUUUUCUCAUUGGUUACAGGGAGGCCUGGACCAAGUGGUUUUGGAUCUGCAUCAACUGCAGAACAAGUUACCGAAGGAAUUGAUGCUAGUAAUCUUACUUGUAUUAUUACAGGAGGAGCGAGCGGUAUAGGAUUGGAGACGGCGCGAGUGCUAGCACUUCGAAAGGCCCAUGUCAUCAUCGCGGCGAGGAACAUGGAGUCCGCAAAGGAAGCAAAACAACUCAUAUUACACCAAAAUGAGUCUGCUAGAGUGGAAAUAAUGAAACUUGACCUUACCUCUGUCAAUUCUGUUAGAUCUUUUGCAGAAAAUUUCCUCGCUCGUGAUCUUCCCCUCAACAUCUUAAUAAACAAUGCUGGAGUCAUGUUCUGCCCCUACCAGUGUUCAGAGGAUGGGAUUGAGAUGCAGUUCGCAACAAACCAUCUUGGGCAUUUCCUCUUAACAAAUCUUCUUCUUGAGAAAAUGAAACAAAGCGCAAAAGCAAGUGGAAUUGAAGGAAGGAUUAUAAAUCUGUCAUCAAUUGCUCAUACCUAUACUUACGAAGAGGGGAUUCGAUUUGAUAACCUUAACGAUGAAGCUGGUUAUUCUGACAAGAGGGCUUACGGGCAGUCCAAGCUAGCUAAUAUAUUGCACGCAAAUGAACUCUCUCGCCGUUUGAAGGAAGAAGGUGUGAACAUCACAGCCAAUUCAGUGCACCCCGGAGUGAUAAUGACUCCUCUUAUGAGACAUUCUACUCUACUCAUGAAUUUUCUGAAGAUGUUCACAUUUUUCAUAUGGAAAAGCGUUCCACAGGGAGCAGCCACAACAUGCUACGUUGCUCUGCAUCCAAGCGUGAAAGGUGUGAGUGGGAAGUACUUUCUGGAUUGCAAUGAAUUCCAACCAAGUGCAUUUGCCUCAAACGAACUCUUAGGAAGAAAACUCUGGGACUUCAGCAACAAGUUGAUCAACUCAAUUUCCAAACCUUGAUCUACAAUAAAUAAAUAAAUAAAUCCUAUAUAUAAUUAGGUCUCUUCAUUUGCCCUACAUCGGAC